AGUCCCCCCCUCGAAAGAGGAGCACCCGAGAAGACAAGAAGCCAACCCAGGCCCUCUGCGGAGGGCGUCAUGCUUUUCCUAAAAUAGCAGAGAGCGCGGGGACGCCCUUCUUCCUCCUCCCAGCUCUGUGCUACCUUGUGCGGGAAACAUGAGCGGGAGGCGGAAGCCGAGGAGGGGCGCCAGGACUUUGAGAGGUCAUUCGGAGGAAGCGGGCAGCAGCGCCAGUCUGCACAUCCCGCUGGCGGAGGACGGGAGCCCCGAGGCCAGCCGGUACGCGGCUUUGGGGAGGGACGGCCGUGCACCUCGCAGUGCCGCGGGCCAGACGUUAACCCAGUCGUGGAAGAUUGUCAUAAGUGCAGUGUCUAUACUGACUCUUCUUCUUAUAGGACUUGGCAAUCACAUGUGGCUUCAAGAAACAGAGUUUCCUCACAAAUCCAGACAAUUUUACACCCUAAUUGCAGAGUACGGUUCGAGGCUUUAUAAUUACCAGGCCAGACUCCGGAUACCCAAGGAGCAGCUGGAACUUCUAAAGAAGGAAAGCCAGACUUUGGAGAACAACUUCCGUGAAAUUCUAUUUUUAAUUGAACAAAUAGAUGUUCUGAAGGCAUUGCUUAGAGAUACGCAGGAUGGUCUACAUAGCCACAGCUGGAACGUGGAUGGAGACGGGGACCAAGAGCCCCCGGAGGCCACGGACGAGGAAAUGUCAAACUUGGUCAACUAUAUCCUUAAAAAAUUGAGAGAGGACCAAGUCCAGAUGGCCGACUACGCCCUUAAAUCAGCAGGGGCCUCUGUCGUUGAAGCUGGGACGUCGGAAAGUUACAAAAAUAAUAAAGCGAAACUUUACUGGCAUGGGAUCGGGUUCUUAACUUAUGAAAUGCCCCCAGAUAUUAUUCUCCAGCCGGAUGUCCACCCUGGGAAGUGCUGGGCCUUCCCAGGUUCCCAGGGCCACGCCCUGAUCAAGCUUGCCAGGAGGAUCACGCCAACUGCUAUCACCAUGGAGCACAUCUCGGAGAAGGUGUCUCCAUCAGGAAACAUCUCCAGCGCACCCAAGGAGUUUUCCGUCCAUGUGAGAGGGAGUUGGAAUCACCUCAGAGUGGGUUAUGCAAGGAGGGGGUUGGCUAGGAAUCAGACGCUGGGCUGGCACCUCCACUGGACAGCUAACCAUUUUUAUCACUGCAAGAAAGUUCCUUCUUUCCGGGACUUCUGCUUUGCCAUCUACAAAAGAGAGAGGGUUGGACCGGAGGAUUUCUGUGACUUUUUUUUUUUUUUAACUUUGGUCAAGGUACAUGUGCACAAUUUAAAAAUCAGCAUUCUCAUAUGCUUAUAACUAAACACUUGUUUCUUGUGCCAGCGCUCUCACCCAGGUUUCUACUCUCUGGAAGCUUCCGCUCGCCAGUUUUAACUGCUUGUUUGGGUACACUUCCCUUCAUAUUUGCUUUUACUGUUACUUCUUCUUUUGAAAGUAAUCUCCGUGCCAGAUAUGGGACUUGAACUCAUUAUCCCAAAAAUCAAGAGUCACGUGCUCUACCAACUAAACUAACCAAGUGUCCCUACAUUUAUUUCCUGAAUUUUUUUUCAGUUUUGCUUAUCAUCUACUGACGUCCUCUGAUGAAAAAUGAAGAGGAGUCCUCAUCCAUGGCUCUCCCAUCCUCCCCCAGUGUUUAGGACUUGUCUUUAAAAGACAAGUUUACUGAGAUGUUAUUCACACACCAGCAAUUCACUUAAAGUGUUCCCGUCUGUGGCUCUUAGUAUAUUCACAGAGUUGUGUAUCCAACACCAUGAUUGACUUUAGGACAUUUUUGUUGCUCCCCAAAGAAGACUUGCCCUCCUGAGCUGUCAGUUCUCAUCACCAAGCCCGCUGCCUGCCCCACAUGCCCACCCCCGACAGCGCUGACCUAUUUUGUCUCUGCAAUGCUGCCUACUCCGGACAUGUUAUUUAAGUGGAAUCGUAUAAUAUGUGGCCUUCCUUGCAAGGCUCCUUCCACUCAGCAUCACGUCUUCGAGGUUCCUCUGUGCUCUAUAACGUGGCUCCGUACUUUAUUUUUAAAUUGCUGACUAAUAGGGGCACC